UACAGCUCAUUUUUUUGCUCACAACUCAGGAGAAAUACCCGAGGGAGAAUUUUCAAUCAGCUGGGAGUUUGUCCAUUAAUUCCCUAAAGCUUUCUUACAGAGCAAUAAUAGAAUAAACUUGAAAGAUAUUGUCAGUGAGUCACGCAGCAUCAACUAUUGAAGCGAACAGCUGUAAUCCAGCACACACUCAAGCUUCUCCUUUACAACAAAUCUGACACAUUUCCACAACAGAUUCACAUGGAGGCUGUUUUGAACUGCAAACCAGAGGACUUGGAGGAUUAUUACGGGUUAUUGGGAUGUGAUGAAUUAUCGUCGGGUGAACAGAUUCUCAAUGAAUACAAGAUCAGAGCCUUGGCAUGUCACCCAGAUAAGCAUCUAGACAACCCGGGCGCAGUGGCCGACUUUCAAAAGUUACAGGAAGCCAAAGAGGUUUUAUGCAAUGAAGCCAAAAGAAAAAACUAUGACCUUUGGAAAAGAAGUGGAAUCACUAUUCCGUUCCGUGAAUGGCAAGCCCUGAACGACUCUGUAAAAACUUCAAUGCACUGGGCUGUGAGAAAUAAAAAGGAACCAAUGUUGGAAGCCCCAGAAGCAGAGAAACCAAUCACCUCUCAGGCAGAGGACCCUCAUUUUGAGCAGGAAGCACCAGAGACCCCCCCAUAUGAAGCAACGCCACCCUCAAGUGAUUACUGCCAUCGGCGUUUUCGCUGGGCUGCUGACUCACCAUCUAAUCUACUGCGGAAGUUCAGAAAUUAUGAGAUUUAAACAUUCCACCAAAUAAAUAUUGUUUCAAUGUUUGUGUCUUACUGUUGUCACAUUGAUUCACUUUGGACCCUGUUAACUGUGCUGUCAAAUUUUAUGAAUGGGGUAACUUCACGUACUUUUCUCUAUAAACUGGAGAUGACAAGCUAAAUGUGUCUGGUGGAUCUGUGAAUCUACAGUUUGACAGAUCACGUGGAUAAUUUAUGUUGUAAGUCUUGCUCAGUUGUUAUGUUCAUUCGUGCACAAUUGGAGAGGUGAUCAAAACUGAUACUGGACUAGUACCUGUAAUGCUGUAAUGUGUACCUUUGUGUUACUGUUGAGUUGAGUGCAUAUUUGUUGGGAACAUAAAAACUGCUUGUAUGUAUCA